AUGAAACCAUCAGUUGUAAAUUCAUUGAUUGCCAGUUUGUGGAUUUUUUCUUUCAUUAUUGCUGCUCUACCCUUUGUCUACUUUAACGACUGGGAGAAAGGUGUCAGAUGCAGUUUUGCCUACCUUUUGCACGACUGGCUGUAUCUCGUGUCUGGUGUCAUUGAGUUUUCCUGCAUGGCUAUUUCGGUCUUUCUGUAUGGUCUGAUUUUAAGGAAAGCUCGAGAAGUGUACGCCAAAUCCUUGAAGAAAGCAACAGAGGGUCCUGACAAUGAACGCAGCAGAAAGAUAAUCAAGAAUAUCCGUUCAGCCAAGGUAAUGGGGUACGUCACAUUGGCCCUCAUCCUGAGUUGGAGUCCUUAUAAAUUGUACCAAAUACGAUAUGGUUUUGGUAUGACAUCGGAUUUUAGCUUCAACCUCUCUAGCUGGCUUGUAUUUUUGGGGAUCUUCAACAGCGUGAUGAACCCUUUCAUCUACGCAUACCAACGACAAGACUUCAGAAAAGGAUGCCAAAAGUUAUUUGGUUGCUAUGGACAGGAAAGAUCGUCAAAUACAUCGAACGUAGAGGAGUCGAGUCGUUAUUAACGAACUGAUAUGAAUGAUUGUAAUAAAUAUCAAAAAUUAUAAUUGUAUUAAAUUUCAAAUUUAAGCAAAAAUUUUCUCGAAACUAGGUAAACAAAUAAUAAUAAUGAUAAUAAAUGAAUAAAACAAUACUCGUAUUUAGAAAUUUUAAUGGUAUAUAA